GGGGGGCGAGGUUCAUUACGGCACAUUCUGGCAGCAGAAAACCAUAGUUUCUAGUCAUAUGUGAAUCGGGACAGACUUUUCCUGGGAAAAACUGACAAUUUAACCCCAUUCCCUCUUGAGUGUUGAAAUACAUUCAUACCUUCAAAAUGAGAUUCUCACCAUUUUGUCUGUCUGCUCUCAGAACAAAAUACUUGGAUGCAUGUGCUAUUGCAGAAAUGCCCCCUGUUUGCCGUGGAUGGUGAACAGAAAGCUCCACCUAGAUUUGCUCAAGCACAUCCUCUAAUGCUCUAACCACGUGCGUUGUGAAAUGCCACAUACUUAAUCGGUUCUCCUUCAGAAAGUUCCACUGACACAUUUCUCCUCAAGUGUUGUAACUUACAAAGCUGUUAAAAGGAGUGCUGCUCAAAUAUUUACUCAUCUUCGAUGACGCUACGAAAAAUACUUUGGCCAUGGCAGCAAUUGGCCUAUUCACACUCUCUGGGCUAAUGCCUUAGGCUUCUUUGGAAACAGAGUUUUGUUUGAGGAAUCUUCCAUGCGCAGAACAGAGCAUUUGAGAGGCAGCUGGAACAGAAAAGGCAUGCCUGGUAUGUGAGACAGAGGAGCUUAAAUCCAAACAUCUUCUUUCCCUUAGGAAUUGUUUAGAGCAAAAUUCAGCAGUGGUAUCUAGCUUGCUGGAGCUAGACUUUCAGAGUUGUUCUGGAGUGCCGCUGGUAAAUGGUUCUGCACAAAUAGGGUGGGAGACUCAGAACUGAUUAAGACUGGACCUUCCAUCUGAAAUCAAAGUAAGGAAACGAAAACAAAACCGAGAGAGCUGGGGAUAUUCACUCAGCACUCCUUCAAGCAAAAGCAGCCUGUGCAAAACCAAAAAAGGAACGUACUAACUGGUGUGAACUAGACAGGCACUGAAAUAAAGGAAGGAAGCAUCAAUUCCAUAACACAGCCAGAAGCUUAUGUGCAUCUUGUAAUUCAUCUCUCUGGGAAGGAGCUUCUGCCCCUCCUUGUGAGAUGAUGGACAACAGCCCUGUGGAUGAAAAGGAAACUGCUGCAGAUGCGGAAAACAGGUCCAAUUCUGAUAUACCUGCUCAGAUGUCCUGUGAAGAAUAUGAGGGGCUGCCUCCAUAUCUAAGGGAGGGAAAUGUCCUCUUUGCUUCUGAGCAAGAUGUUAAAGAAGCCUUCCUACAGUACGCAGCCAGUAAGCGUUGCUAUAGCACUGCCCCUGCAAAGCAAAUGAAAGUCCAGAAUCUCACUCCUCUCAACAUAUACAGAUAUCGUCUGGAGACUUUCACUGAAAUGAGAGACACCCACGUGGCCAGUGAGCUUUAUGAUGGUGGAUUUGUAGACUCCUUUGCUGUUGGAACACCACCUGCCCCAUGGGAUAUAACAGUGGAUGAACCUCCUUUGUAUACGGACUGUGAAAUGCAUAUUCCAGUGCCCCAUUCGUACUCAGUAGAGAACUGUCCAAACUGCAAAGGACGUGGUGAAACUAUGUGUCAGCCUUGUAAAGGAACUGGCAAGAAAAAGUGUUCGGCUUGUGGUGGGACUGGGCAGAGUUCACAGGAGGACAGCAAUAUCUGCUCAUGGUGCGCAGGUUCAGGAAAGAAUCGUUGCUUCAAUUGCCGUGGCAAUGGCUGGCUGAAGUGUUACCGUUGCAAUGGGAGCGGUGUCUUGCUAUUUCAUACCGAACUUACGAUAACUUGGAAGAACAAUGUUUUAGAACAUGUAGCAGACAAGAAUUCUGGCUUCCCAAUUCACCAUUUGCAAGAAGUGACUGGGAAAGAAAUUGUUAGUGAUGAAGGUUCCUUGGUAUUUCCCAUAGUUGAUUUCCCAGAGCCACUAGUUGAGGACUAUUCCCGAGCAUUCAUUGCGCAACACAAUAUGCAGUUUAUCUCAGAAGGAUUGCACAGAGUCCUGAGGCAGAAACAAACAGUUGAGUUGGUGCCACUCACAAAGGUUGACUAUGAAUGGAAAGAGAGAGUCUAUUCCUUCUACAUCUUUGGCAAUGAGAAUAAAGUAUAUACCAAAGAUUAUCCAGCAAAGUGCUGCUGCUCCAUCAUGUGACACGAGGUCAGUUUUGGCGGAAUUCAGCAACACAGCUGCUCCCUGUUAUUUGUUCUUCACGGCAACUUGCAGAUUUUUUAAAUCUUUUAUUUGCUGAAGGACAUUUUCUGUAUGGUAUUUAGGGAUUCAGCCAUAGUUCAGCACGGUCGAAGUUGUUUGUGGGUGCUAUUCCUGUACACCGGACGUUUGUCUCUAAUACAUGGCUGCAUUGGCUGUGCUUUUCAAUUAGGGAGAUGAAGGAAACUAUUUGCUCUAAUGCUCCUUGAGACAUUAUACCAAAGAGGAUUCAAUGCAUUUGCUUUCUUGUGGUUGUGCAUUAGGAUACAUCAAACUAAGUAUCCUGUAAACUUCUUUUGGAAGUAUAAGCAGUUCAGGAUGAAAUAUAUUCCAACACUGGGCAUAAUAUUGUACGAAUCUCUGCAGUGAUUUGCAUUCCUCCUCUUAAGUGAGAAGGUAAGGUAAGUGAGGGGUUGAUGGACAGAUUUUUCAUAUGUCUCCUAUACUAGAACAGAUCCCCUCUCCCUUGCCAUUUCAGCAUCUGAUUGUACAAGUGCCACAUUUAGCAGCUUUCAUCUAUAGCAAGGUCAGAGAAGCUAUGGCCCACCAGGCAUUUCUAGAUUACAACUCCCAUUAUCCCUUACCAUUGGCCAUUGCUUGCUUUGGGGUGGUCCACAAGCUCCUCAAGGACCACAGAUUCUUCAUGCCUGAUCUGAAGGAUCAUAGCUGUAGCCGCCAUAAAGCUUGCUCUGAUGUUAUUGUUUCCUUGUUCUGCUGGAUCUCUCAGCGGCUUUUGACGCCAUCGACCAUGACAUCCUUCUGGACCGUCUAGAGGGCUUGGGAGCUGGGGGCACUGUCAUACAGUGGUUUCACCCUUCCUCCUGGACCAUGUUCAGAAAGUGGUGGUGGGGGAUGAGUGUUCAGACCCCUGGGCUCUCACUUGUGGGGUGCCUCAGGGUUCUGUCCUCUCCCCCAUGCUUUUUAACAUCUACAUGCAGCCGCUGGGAGAGAUCAUCAGGGGGUUUGGGCUGGGUGCGGUCAGUAUGCGGUCAUCAGUAUGUGGAUGAUACCCAGCUCUACCUCUCUUUUAAAUCAGAACCAGUGAAGGCGGUGAAGGUCCUGUGUGAGUGUCUGGAGGCGGUUGGAUGGCGGCUAACAGAUUGAGAUUGAAUCCUGACAAGACAGAAGUACUGUUUGUGGGGGACAGGAGGUGGGCAGGUGUGGAGGACUCCCUGGUCCUGAAUGGGGUAACUGUGCCCCUGAAGGACCAGGUGCGCAGCCUGGGAGUCAUUUUGGACUCACAGCCAUCCAUGGAGGCAAAGGUCAAUUCUGUGUCCAGGGCAGCUGUUUAUCAGCUUCAUCUGGUACGCAGGCUGAGACCCUACCUGCCCGAGGACUGUCUCGCCAGAGUGGUGCAUGCUCUAGUUAUCUCUCGCUUGGACUACUGCAAUGCACUCUAUGUUGGGCUACCUUUGAAGGUAACCCGGAAACUACAAUUAAUCCAGAAUGCGGCUGCUAGACUGGUGACUGGGAGCGGCCGCCGAGACCACAUAACACCGGUCCUGAAAGACCUACAUUGGCUCCCAGUAAGUUUCUGAGGACAAUUCAAAGUGUUGGUGCUGACCUUUAAAGCUCUAAACGGCCUCGGUCCAGUAUACCUAAAGGAGCGUCUCCACCCCCAUUGUUCUACCCGGACACCGAGGUCCAGUGCUGAGGGCCUUCUGGCGGUUCCCUCACUACGAGAAGCCAAGUUACAGGGAAUCAGGCAGAGGGCCUUCUCGGUAGUGGCACCCACCCUGUGGAACGCCCUCCCACCAGAGGUCAAAGAGAACAACAAUUACCAGACCUUUAGAACAGGCAACCCUGUUUAGGGAAGCUUUUAAUGUUUGAUGGAUUUCUGUAUUUUAAUGUUUUGUU